CUGAUCAUUUAAUCAAUCAAUUUGAAUAUUUGAUCACACCUGAUAACAUUGUUUGUUAGAAAAUCAGCUGAAUCGGAAUCAGUGAAUCAUACACAGUUGACUGGCAAUUAUGGAGGAUGAUGACAUGGAUUCCUUAUUUGAGGGUAUGGUCCUCUUCAAUCCUCCUUCUUCUUCUUCUUCCUCAUCUCAAUUACCUCUACAAUCCUCAUCCUCACUAAAUAAUAAUACUACUCUUGUUACUAACAAUAAUAAUAAUAAUGAUAAUGUUAUUGAGUUAUUACCUAAUAAUAAUAUUAAUGAUAAUUAUAAUCAGCAUCAACCACCGCCUGAAUCACCAACUCCAGCCACCACAACAACGGCCGGAGCUCAAUUUGAGCCACUUGAUGAAAACCUAUUUUCCGAUCUAACUCUAUUAGUUCCACCUCUACCUCUAACUCAAAACGACGACGUUUCUUCCGAUAAUCAUCCUCCGAUUUCGCCUUCUUCUUCAUCUACAUCGUCUCGCAGUACUACUUUUGAUGCUGCCACGUCAGCAUCGGUAUCAUUAGCAUCGCCGUCACCGUCACAGACGUCAGUUGCUGGCACUCGAUCGCUUACUUCGCAAAUUUCGUCUACCAGGAAAAAGAAGAAAGCCGGACUACGGAUCGGUUACGGCAGAUCAGCGGUCCAGUCGCACGAUUCUGCUGUUGAUGUCGAUGAUUCGCAGCCGACGGUGUCGUCGCCUGUUGUUGUUUCUGAAGAAAAAUCUGCACCAGUGGAAGAAAAAGCUGGACUAAUGGAAGCACAACAGGAAAAACAAGCAGUUUCUGAAUCCGAAAUUAGUACAGAAUCGAACGUAACGGAAGCCAUGACUGCAGAAGUCGAAGAACAGGUUUCAAUGGUGAAAGAUGUGCCGAAUGGAAAAGAAGAAGAGGUUACACCAGUUGAAAUUAAAGAGGAUUCGAUAGAAAUGAGAUAUGAUAGGAUUAAGCAACAGAUUGCCGAGAAGCUGAAUCGUGUUAGGGAAGCGGUGGUUUCUGUGUCGGUUAAACGGAAGGAGGUUAUUAGGAAGAGAAGGAAAGCUGCAGAGGAAUUGAAUCGUGUGUCUACGAAGUAUAAGGAAAUGGAGAAGGAAUUAGAGGAAGCGGUUGAGUCUGAGGAUUUCGAGACUGCUGAAAGGGUUAGUGAUGGUCUUGCAUCGGCUGAGAAGAAUAAAGAGGAUCUUUUGAUUGUGUUGCGAGAUGCUGAAGCCGAAUGUGAUGAUGUUGAUUCUAAGAUGCAAGAGGCUUUGGAGUUGCAGAUUGUAGCUGAAGAAGAGUGUGCGGCUCUGCUAAAAGGCUUUGCAGUGGAUGCUGAUCAUGAUGCAGAUUUUGUCAUUUCAAUUGCCCAAACUAAGACAUCAGAAGAAAUGGAGAAGUGGUAUUCCUUAUCUGAAGCUUUAGAGGUGAAGAAAAUGGAAGUGGAAAUUGAAUCACAUGUUUUAUCAGGGGCCCGCCAAGUGCUGGAUGAUUCCAUCGAACAUGUAGUCAAGGAUGACAAAGAAGAAAGUCAACUCCUACACAACAAAAAAAAGAUCUUAGCAGAGGAAUUGCAAGAAUUGCUUGAUUUAGUCAAACAAAAAGAAGCAGAAAUAUCUGAGAACGAUUUAAACAUUGAAAAUGUAGAGAAAAGAGUGGCUGAGGCAGUCUCUAGUUUCCAUGAGGCACAAACAAAGAUUCAUUCAAAAUCUGAAAAUCUUCAAAUGGGCCUCUCUCAGUUGGAUUUAGAAAAUGAUGAUUUGGCCAGAAAAAAGAAGGAUAUUGACGAUUUUCUUCUUCAGGAAGAAACCAGAGGUUCAAAAAUCAAGGAACUUGGGAAACUUUCAACGGAUGAAGCUCACAUGUACCAAGAAGUCAUACACCUGCGUAAGACUUUGAUAGAAUUCAUUUCAAAAUCACAGGAAGAUAAAGCAAGGCUAGCUAAGACUGAGCAGAAGCUGUUUGAUGAUAUCCAAAUGCUCAAACAAGACAUUUCUGCUGUGAGAACUUCUCUUCAGGAUCUAUCUUCAAUGAAAUCAGGAUCCCAGCAAACAAUUGAAUCUUCAAAGCAGAGGCUUCUUUAUAUAGAAAAAAGAGUUCCAGAGAUAGAAUCUGAAAAGAGAGUUGCUGCUACUGCAAGAAACUUCAAGGAAGCAGCACGGAUAGCCAAUGAGGCAAAGGCAUUGUAUGUUGAAAAAGAAACUCUGCAAAUUAGAGUAGACGAAGCCAUGUCUGAGCUAAAGAAAAUGGAAGACGAUAUUAACCAAAAUGUGGAGAAAUUACAAGAAAAAGAACAAAAUAUUUCAUUAAUGGAGAAAGAAUUAGAAAGUGUUAGAUACCAACGACUAAUUCUCCUUGCUGGUGCUGCCAUGGCCGAAAGAUCAGCUGCUAUAGAGUUGGGUGAUAUGGAAGAAGCUGAUAUAUUGCUUAAGGAAGCUCAGACUGCAGAAGUUGAAGCUAAAAAGAUUCAGAAAACUCAUAAAGAGGAUGAGUUUGAAAGUAUUCCAAAAUCGUUUAUUGCCAUGGAACUUGUUUCCACUCUUGAUAAGAAGCAGCUUGCGGAACUGGCAGCAUCUACUCAGAUGGGUGCACCAUAGAAAAUGCUGUAUUUAUUUGAUAUAUUAAAGUUUUCAAGAGAAAAAGAUCAUAUUGAUUAAAAGGCAAUCAGACCACAAGAAGAAGUUUGAUGUUAAUAGGGUUGAGUUCUGCUCCAAGGUUCAUAUUACAAUGGUCGUGAUAGGGGUUUUUGACCUAUUCUUUAUCUUUUAUUUCUAAUCCACCCAUGUUUUGUAUUGGGAUUUUGACUUCAAUAUCAUUGAUCUAUUAGUCUGUGAUUUUUAUACAUUGUUGUAUAAACAAUUGAACUUGAUGUUGUUUUC